UUUAUGAUGAUUUGAAAUCUCUGAAAAUGCUGAAAGUAUCAAUAGAUACUUCUGAAGGGGAAAUAUGCAAAGAAAUAGUUGAUUUUAUUGAUAAUAGACAACAAAGAGUUUUUGUCCUCAUAGCCAAUAUGCAAGAUUUAACAGUAGAAAUGGUUAACUACUUGCGUUUAGUGAUUGAACAGAAAGAAAGCAAAUCAAUUUAUAGUGACAAAGUAUUUGCCCUUCUACUUAGUUUUCCUCAAGUUCAAUUUUUCAAUCGUUGUUACCCAGCUCUUUUUCUUCAUGGAUGGGAUCAUUUCUAUUUGGAUUCACUAACUGCUGAUAUGAGAGUGGAAGGAAUUUCUGAAUCACUACGAAAUGUAGUCAAUAUUAAACAAUGCUUUCGUAUUGCUUUAGGAAUUCAAGAGAGUAAUGAUGUGCUAAGUCUUGAUUUAGAGCCACUAUUAGAAGUUGCUAUACCUGUUGUUUCUGCAAGGGUCAUUGUUGGUUCUAGUGAGGGAGAGUAUAAUAGGGCCAUAUCAGUCAGUGCAAGACAAGUACAGAUUAGAAAAAUAUUUUUCAAUGCACAAGAAAAACAUGCUUGUACUCCAAUUGGAAAGGCAUUUUGUACCUUGUUUCGUGAGUAUUGGGAUAAUAAAACUGUUAUUAGAUUUUUGCAAGAUGCUGCUAAUUUUACAUUUCAACAUCAAUCAACUCUCAGUAUUACCAGUUACGUGCAAACAAGAAUAAAAGCUCUAUUUUUUGAAUUUUUAGUUUAUGUGUUAUGGUUGAUUAAUCAAGAUUGCAACUUAGACACUUUAGUGUCACGAAUAGAUACUGAUUCAUAUGAGGUAGUCCAAAAAGUUUUUUCCAGUGUCAUGCAGACAAUGUUUAAAAGGCUGCACAAUUUACAAACAUUAUCAUACGUUUGUCGGAAUCUACAUCCACCAAAAGAUAAAAAAUUUCGAUUUCCUUUCUUUAAUUUGACUUAUCAUUUUAUGGAAGAGUUAAUUGAUGUUUGCUAUGGAAUAAUAAAUAAAAAGAAAAUUGAUCCAAAAACAAGCAUUAGUCCAAAAAAGACCAAAAAGUUUUUAGAAAAGCAAAUGUUAGAUGAAAUGAAGAGCAAACUAAAUCAACUGAUGGAGAAUUUUGCCUCAACUAAUGCAAACAAUUUGUCUGGACGAGAUCAAGCAAUGGCUUCAGUUAUUUCAUCAUUACAAAAUGUAGAUCUUUGGCAGUGCUAUUUUCAUGACUUCAUAAAGCUCAAGUGUGCACAGUCUGAUGACAUACUGACAACACUUCCAGAGGAAAAAGUUUUUGCACAGGUUUUGUCCAUUUAUUUCAAUUUUGAGCAACAAAAAGAUGACUAUAUUUCUCGCUUAGCCUGGCUUCAUGUUCGUUCAGAAAUUCGUAAAACAGACUUAAACCAAACAAUUGAUAAACUAAAAAGGUUAAAAACUUUUAUAGCACAUCAGCCCCAGGAGACACUGGCAACUGUUACACAAACUAUGGUCACUGGUUGCAAAAAUUUAGAGACCCUUAUUAUCAAGAGAAGUUAUGAAUCCUUGCAUGAUAGUGUUAAUGAUCAAGUUGCUCUGAUACAGUGGUACAAGUUAUACAAAGAUAUUAUUCAAAUGGAGAGUCUUUACAAUUCUCUUCAUGACUUAGAGGAUCCACAACUCAGAUUUGACUUUUUUAAGGUUCACAUUAUGUACAGUCUCAUUCAUAGUCACAAAGACCCUGCAUCAGCUGAAUGUCUUAAAUUUUGUGUCUCUCUUUACAGUGGAAAAAUUAAUCCAAUAUCAAAUAUUAAUGUGGAGCAAGCUUUCUCAGAAUGUCUAUCAUCUAUGAAAGCUUUGAACUGUAGCGAAUCAUUCAUAAGCUCAGUCGUUAACAUGUUACUCAGUUUUAUGUUUCAUACUAUUACAUUACCAGAUGGUCUGUCCUGUUAUUGCUGGUUUUUUAGCACAGCAUUACCAGAAAGUACAGACCAAUUGUUGCAGUACAUCACUCCUGCUCAAUACAAAUUUUAUCUUCUUUUGAUCCUUAAACAAAAAAACCAACUUGAUGAAGAUGAAAAUGAUGUGCUCAAAAUAUUCCAAUCAGAUUUACGUAGAAAGAUCAUUUUUUUAAUUAGAAGUUCAAAAUUGAAUUUAAGAGAAUCGUUUAUUUUUAGUCAUGCUGUUGAUUCAAAAAAGAUGACACUGGCCAAUGCAUAUAUGCAAAUUGUGUAUCUUCAUCAAGCAAUAAAUUUUACAAAGAGUAAACUUAAAGUUGCUAUUACAAAACUGAAAUUGUUGAUAGAUGAAACUCAAAGUUGUAAAGAUCAAUCAGAGAAGUGUUUGCUACAGUUAGAAACUGAAGCUUUUGCACAAGUAUUUCUGCAAGUGAUGGCUUACAAUUUGGCUGAUGUAGAAGGCUCUCAAAUGGUGCCUCGUCUUCCACCUCAAGUUGAAAUGUAUUUAGAAAGCAAUGAAACAAAUGGCUCAAUAUUUUGUUUGCUUUUGUGGAACAGACUAAAAAGUACUGAGAAGUUAAGACGAAAUUUGAUUGCUUAUCCUGAUGAUAAAUUUACUUGUUUAAACAAAUGCAAAAGAAUGGCUAAAGAUGAGAUGCAAGAAAGUGUAGAAUUUUCUUUACCUGCAUUAAUUCAAGAGGAGACUGAAGUUGGAGAGUUGUACAGAAAGACAUGUAAAGUAUUACUGGAUAUUCAUCAAAGGAAACAGACAAAUGAUGCGUUGAAAGAAUUAAAAGAAGAGUGUGGUGUAGAUCUAGAAGUGCAAGUAGAAAUCUCAGUUAGUCAGGGUGAAUCAUUUACAAUUAAAAAAAGAAAUGCACUUUCUAUGUGCAUUUGGCUUUGUUCAUUCUAUGAAUUUUAUCUUAAGAAGGUUCAAUCAGGACAUCUUGCAAGUGCUAUACAUACUGAAAUGGAAGACUAUUUUUCAGAAGAUUGUAUUAGGCUAAUUAUAUGUUUUAUAAAUAGCCAACUUAUCACACCACAAAAUGAACAGGAUUUACCAUCAGAUCUCAACACUCCAUUGUAUGAAGUUCAAGGACAUAGGAUAGCACCAAUACAGCGCCAAGGACGUAGAAGUGAUCCAAUAUACAAGUUAUUUUUCCCUGAUAAACAAGAUAAUCAAUCAAGACAAAUAUGUAAUGCAUUAGCAACUGUAACAGCUGCCAUUCUAGCUUGUCCUGAUCGAUCAAAUCAUCUUUGGUAUCAUUUAUUCUCUGCCCAUAAAUUAUCAGGCACUCAAGUCACUGGAUUCCUAGUAAGGCUCUAUGCAUCCAUAUGA